CCCGGGCGGGACGACCCCCGCCCGCCCCUCCGCGCACCAGGUAGGGAGAGGGAUGGGUUCCCUUGAGCUCCGGGGGAGGAGGGGGGCGAGGAAGGACUCCACCCGGAGCUGCCUGGGGCCCGGCCAGGCUCUCCCAGCAGCGGUACCGGGGCGGGGGGCGAGAUCUGGGCGAGGGGGGUCCCCGAAGCCAGCAGCUGGGCAAGGCAGGAGAGAAUCCCCCCUCCCCAACCCCGGCAGGAAGGGCCGCAAGCUUCUCACAGGGUUGCAUGGAUGGUGGUUUUUGUGUGUGUGUGUGUGGGGGGUUCUCUGUCCUCUGUGACCCUCCCUGAGCGCCCUGGCUGGGGCUGAGGAUGGGAGCUGGAGCCCAGGCACGUCUGGAGGGCCACAGGUGCCCCCCCGCCCCCGUUCUUGGCAGCAGGUGAGGCGCUCUGCUUCUCAGCCAGCCUGCGCGCAAUUGCGCGCGUGUGCCCAGAGGCCAGAUGCGUCCCGCUCAGCAGCCCAACCAAGACGGGGGACGGGGACGGGGGGCGCUCAGGCCAUUGCUGGACGCCCAGCCGGAGGAGGCCGUGGGGCUCAGCAACCUUUCCAAGGGGGUUAGGCGGAUUCAGGGAGAAGGAGGAGGAGGAGGAAGAGGAGAGGGCUCUCGAUGGCGCCUCGCCAGGAUGGCUCUGCCUUGUCUCCCCAGUGGAGGCCAGAAUACCAGUUGCUGGAAGCCACAGGGGGGGAGAAUGUGGCUCUUGCCUUGGAAUCCAUCUAGUUGGCCCCAGUGAGAAGAGGGUUGGGGACUAGAUGGGCCCCCGCUUUGGCCUGAUCCUGCAGGCUCUUCUUAUGGCCUCCUGAGACAGCGCCCUGGUGCUCAGGCCGGAGCCUGGAUGUGACCCAGCCAAACUAGCGAUGGGAAGGCCCAGCAGUAGAGACAAACCGGGGAAAUGAAUAAUAUAUUUCCACUUCAGAAUAUGCAUACCUUCCCAGAGUUUCUUCAAGGGGAGAAAAGGGACAUUUUCCUUCUUAUUUAUUGACACCCCACCUUUUACUCCAAGGAGGUCAAGGUGACGCACAGCUCCCCCCCCCCCGGCCUCCUAGUCUAAUCCCCCCAACAACCCUCUGGGGUAGGUUAGGCUGAGGCAGCGACUGGCCCCCAAGGUCACCCAGUGAGCUUCAUUUCCGAAUGGGAGAUUUGAACCCUGAUCUUAGUCUGACACUGUAACUAUUAUUUUUGUUUUUUUAAAGAAUAUCUUAUGCUGCCAUUUCCUCCAUUUUUUAAAAAAGCAAUGUUUUGAUAUAAUAAUGCUGCAAAAUUCCUAGACCUAAGGGUUAAUGGUAACCAUCUGAGACCUGCCAAGUCUUACCGGGAUGCAGGCAGCAGCUGCUUUAUACUGUGCAGUCUAGUGUAGUAUUAUAGACACAGGCUGGCAGCAGCGUUCCAGCGUUUCAGGCAGAGGGCACCCCCACACUGGCCUGGGGGUGCCAGGACCACCUGCAUGCACAGCAACCAACAGGCUCAUCUUAUCCUUUUAUGGAACUUCCAAGCCCAGAGACAGUCUACCUGCGUCUCACCAGGGGAAAAGGCAGGGAAUCUCAUCCGGAUUCUUAGGGUGAGAGCAGGUUGCUGGACGAGGCAGGGCAUUGGCCUGGCCCACCGGGGCUCUGCUAACCUUCUUGUGUUGUGCUCUCUCUGCCCCCCACGCAGCCCGGCUCCCCUCCUCCAAGGCCGCCAUGUCCCCUGGCAAGGCCAAAGCGGGGGCCCCCCAGCCGCUGGUCUUCGCAGCCCACGAGAUGGAGUGCAAGAUCUGCUACGAGCGAUUUGACGGCCGCAGCCGCCGCCCCAAACUGCUGAGCUGCCGCCACCGCGUCUGCGCCCGCUGCCUGCGCAAGAUGGUGGAGGUGGGCGAGCCGCCCGGGACCCUCAGCUGCCCCUUCUGCCGCCAGGAGAUGCCCCUGCCUCCGGACAGGGACGUGGGGCGCCUGCAGGACGACGGGCAGGUCCUGGCUUUGCUCAGCUGCCGCGAGAGGGCCCGGAAGCAAGGAGGGGGCGCCAGGCCCGGGGGGUCGGCCCCCUCCCCGGAGGUGCUGCUGUGCCCCAGCAUCCUGGAGCCCUUUGCAGAGGGCGGGCACAGCUCCUCCUCGGACUGCCUGGUCAUCACCCUCCUGGAGGUGCCCGAGGACAUGGCGGCCCCCGAGGGGGUGGGGGUCCUGGACGUCAUGCGCCUCUACCGCCCGCCCAGCCUGGCCUCGCUGCCCUGCUACGGCCCCCUGGGCAAGUGCCAGCCCUGCGCCACGUGGCGGGCCUUCCCGCGCUUCCUGGUGGGCGUCCUCUGCCUGGUCUACUUCAGCUCUCUGCCCUUUGGCAUCUACCUCCUGCUGGUGGAGCGUCUCAACCUGGGCAUCGUCCUGGUGAGCCUCGUGCCCUCUACCCUCAUCCUCUGCGUCUUCUACAGCCUCUGCCAGUGCUUCUGCCACGAGAUCUUCGACCUGCCUUCUUGAGUCGGGCAGUGGGGGAGAGGGGGAGAUCCGGAGGGCAGGGGCCAACGCCAGGCCUCCCGGAGCCUCCCGCCAGCACCCAAGAGACAAUUCGCCCUCCCUGCCCUCCCCGAAUCUCGUGCCAUUCCAACCGCCCUUCCUGGAAGCAGAUUUCAGCAGCAUCGCCCUCCUCUCCCUGCAACGGCCUGGUUGCGGUCCGGUCGCCAACCGAACCAAGGGCAGUGCCAGCCUCGGAAGAGAGCCCUCCCGUGUUUCAGAGCUGGAAAGGCGAUGAUGUGCUUCUUCAGACAUGGACGAUGGACUCUUAGGAUGGCGAAGGAUUGGCCAAGCGUUCAUGAGAACUAUGUAGCAACCUGGCUGUCCGAGAAAUUUAUUUGUCUCCAAAGAUAUUUGCAAAGGCAAGAAUGCCGUAAUUUCACACAUAGAUGUUUGUUUGUCAGAGAUCUCGGUUCACAAAUCAUAAGAUCUUCAAAUCCGAUUCAUUCUGACAAAAUUAGGAGUUCUCAAGUACAACCACAUUGAGGCAGCCCGAUGAUUUAUAGCUGGCAGGUUGUUCAAAUUUAUUGCCGGCGCCCUUCAGGAAGGAGCAGGCAGUUCUGUGGAGGAGGAAGAGGAGGGAGGGGCCUUUCAGUCGCUGUUGGCCACACGGCUAAGCAGAACCUCCAUGUGCCAGGGCAGCGUUCCUGUCAACAGCAGGCGCAAGAAGCCCAUUGCCUCCCUGCCUCGCCCUUUCAGCUUCCUGAGCACACUUUGAGGAUGCUGAGCUGGGGGGGGGGGCGGUGCCUUUGUCUCUGCUGCUCUUUUGGAAAACAGAUUCUGCCCUGUUUAGAGGCUGCCUCAUUGGUGGGGACCGUGGGGGGGGACCCCCUUUGCCACGUGUCUCUGGUGGAACUGGGAAUGGCAGGGGGACAGGAUGCGGCCCCCACCCCACUGAGCCAACUGUCUUCUGCUGGACCCUGAAUCUUAUAUAUUUCUUUUAUUUUAUUUCUUGCCUUUAGGGGCCACGUUUUUCCUCCAAGGGGGCAUAUAUGGUUCCCCCCCAUUGUCACUUAAUCCCCACAACCACCCUGCGAGGCAGGCCAGGCUGAGAGGAAGUGCGACUGGCCCCCAAGGUCACCCUGUGGGCUUCAGGGCUGGAGUGGGGAUUUGAACUCUGGUCUCUACCGGAUUCUCGUCCGGCACUCGAACCACUGCAACACGUUGGCUCAUCGCGUGUCCUACUGUGGCAACCUGCCAGCCCCUUGACGAAGAAUCCUAGACUUGUAUGGUUGGAAGGCACCUAAAAGGUCCACUAGUCCACCCCCUUGCACACGGGCAAUUUUCCCACGGGGAGAGCAUCCCGCACCCAGUGGGUCCAUGGAGACUGGUGACCUCUUACAAACAGGGCAGGAGGUCAUUUCAGAAGCCAGAGACUUUCCCUGCAAGUUCUGCAGAGCAUGUUUAGCAGCCUGCGGGCUCAAGGGGCAAAAGGGGAAAGGGUGUCCCACCCAGGGGAGUCAGACCCCUGGCCUUCAUCACAUCCUCCUCCCCCUGAGUGCUCAGUGCCAAGUCCUGGUCUGCUCCUUUCGUUACACUCACCAAAGGGUUAAAGGAAAAGCUGCUUAUCUUGGUUUGCAAGUCCCGGUGCCUGGUGAAAACUGGCAGAACAGCACCUCCUGUUGUCUGUGUCCUCCAUUGGUUCAGAAAUAAACGAAAUAAAACAAAACUUGCCAGUAUUGUAAUGCCAUUCUGCAAAUCUAUGGCGCAACUGCAUGAGGAAUAAAAGUGUGC